AUUGCAGAGCCAGGUACCCAUACAGACGACGAUAUAAGUUUUAUGAAACAAUUGACGACUUGACUACAAGACCAUUGCUGCCAACGCCACGACAACUACACUUGCAGCCGCGGCCGCAGCGCUAGACGCGACGGUGGUCACAGGUUUGGCCGUUGUGGUAGCCACAGUAGCUGUCGUCGCAGCCACAGUCGUUGUCGUGGCAGCCACAGGUUUGACGGUGGUGGCAGCCGCAGGUUUGACGGUGGUGGCGUUGGCAGCUGCACCAGUGGACGCCUUGGCAUAUGCGUACAUGUCCUUGAGGCCCCAGUUGAACUUGGCUGUGCUGAUGACGCUUCCCCCUUCGACGGGAAAGUCACAGGGAGGCGAAAUUGCCUUGACCUGGACGACAACGCCGUCCCACCACACCGUGCAGGACUUGGUGGCCACGACUUUGGCGAUGUCCGCGUCUUUCGGAGGCGCCGUUAGGUCAAUGGUGACGCCAGAGUCGGUAGAGCAUACUUGCAGUUCGGGCAUGAAAGCGCCCAAGGCAAACACCGUCGUCACAGAUUCCACGCAUUUCUUGGACACGUCUUGUUGGGCGGACGCGCUGGCCACAAGGGCGGCAGUGAACAGGACACGGGACUUCAUGGGGAGAAUUGGACAAUGAACUCCGAGUUGGAGCUGCGUUGUUGGUACGUGAGUGGCUACGUCGUGAGGACGUGGCUACAACCGCC